AUGACACUAACUAUGCUCGAUAAACCAUUAGGUGAUCUACGACGAGAAGUCGUGGAUCUUCGUCAAUUAAAAAUAUCACGCGAUUAUGAUAUUAAUAAACUAGGUAAAAUAAUAACUGUAUCAAAAGAUUCAUUACGUGAAACUGAAACAUUUCAACGAACAAUCCUACAACAAUUACAACAAUUUGAAAUAUCAUUAGCUGAUAUUAAUGAAAUUUUACGAGCAAAUAUAAAACAAAAAGUACAACUUGAACAACAACAAAAACAAGAAGAAUUAGAUAAUGACAUUGAAAUACGUGCUAAACUCAUGACACUAAAUGCUGAAGCACUUGAAUGUCGUGCAGCAGCUGUACAAUUACAGCAAGAAGCAAAAUUGGCAUUAGUGAAAGCUGCUGAAAUAGAGAAACAUGCUAAUGAGGAGUUAACUCGGCAAGCACAUGAAAUGAAACUAAAACAGCAGCAAUUAGAAAGAGAACGAGCUGCGGAACUUGAACGACGUGUAAGAUUAGAAGAAGAACGACAACGAUUAAAUGAACUUCAAAUUCAGCAACAACAAAAAGAACGUCUUUCCGGCUUGUUAAAAAUGCCACAAGAACAAAAAGAAGAAGAGGAUGAAUAUGCUGAUUGGAAAGAACGCGACUUUAUGAAUACUGAUCAAUGUCCUCAAUGUAUUUUUCGAUUAGCACCAAAUGCUCUUUCGAUACCUAUUGAAGUCAAAUAUCUUGAAGUAUCUGCAACAGAAUAUUUACUCGACGAUCAAGAAGAACUUAUUAGUACACCGAUGGUAGUAAAUUUUGAUACAACGAAAUAUCAACAAACACUUCUUCUUGCCAUACCCUACAUUUCUAAACGAUCGAAUUAUCGAGAAAAUGUGAUUAAAAUUCGUCAAUCCAGCGGCAUAUGGAAAUCAAUUAAUUCAAAAGAGUCAACAUUUGAUUCAUACAAAGAAAAACAUUUUGUUGAAUGUAAAUUAGAACAAUCAACUGCAUGUGCAGUUGUAUCACGUUUAAAACAAGACAAAAUUCUCAUUGAUAAACAUUCAUCGGGUCGAUUUUCAUCCGAUGUUGAUCCUCGUUUAACAAUGGAAUGGCCGGCGAAUGUUUGCUCGACAAAUUUAAAUAUAAAUCUUCGUGUUUUGCCUGUUGAUCUACCAGCAUUUACACAGUUUACAAAGAAUUUUUCAAGUGAUUGUCAAGGUUUAAUAGCUGUUGGACCUAUUAUUGAACUUCAAUUCGAUACUGUUAGUUUACUGAAACCAAUUAAAUUCACCUUACCUAUUCUUGUACAAACGAAACAAAAAGUGGCACCAAUAAAACCAACCACUGUUGUUCAAGCGCAAGCAUUUCAAGAAACAUCAACAACUCCAGCGUCACAGCAAGAACUUAUUUUACAACAACAACAAUCUAUUUUUAAAUCUAUGCUCGGCGACGAUUCGAAUAAUGAGAGACUCGUUCUUUUAUUUUCCAGUCAUAAUGAAAAUAUGUGGCAUAUCGAUAGUGAUAUUCACCUAUCCGAUUCGAAAAUUCAUGAUACUGUAACAACGAAUAUGCAAAAUUUACAUAGUCGAAUGAUUAUUGCUCGUUAUGAUCGACAAUUUACAUCGACAAAACAAUUGCAAACGACAAUAAAUUUACUUGAAGAAUCAUUGAAUCAACGUAUUGUUUCAUUAAUUCUUCGUCGUCGUCUAUCGAAUCUAAAUGAAAUAUGUUUUGUUUGUUGCUCAAGUCGACGUAUUAAUAAUAUCGAUAGAGAUCUUCAAGCAGACCAAUUUAUCGAUCACGAUGAACAAAUUAAAGAAUUAAUUUUACAAGAAGGACAACUAUUAGAAUUACGUUUUCGUGGUAACGUCGUACCUAUUGAAUAUAAUAAACAAUCAUAUCGAUUUGCAUUCAAUACAUAUUUUCCAUUUUAUUUUCAAACUAAUGUUUCUGAAAUAGAUAAAUAUUCUCAACAUUUAUCACCAUUUUUUUACGGUUUCGUACAAAUAUUUUCAAGAACGAUAGCAAAAGAGCAUGGCCAAAAAAAACAUCAAAUCGAUGCAACAAAACAACAGUGGCGUGAAGCAGAUGUUUGCCAAGCAGAAUUAGUUAUUCGUUUACCAAAGCCAAGUGGAGAAGUUCGAGCACCUACUCCAAAAACAUUAACAAAAUUUACUCCUGAAGGAAUUUUAACACCCCUCAUUUUUCAUGAACUAUCAGCAAGUUUAGUUGGUGAUGAAUGGUGCCGAUUAGCACGUCGUUUAGGUAUGACAAAGAUACGUAUUGAAGCUCUUGGACAUGAGUAUGCCGAGGAUGCCGGCUACUAUAUGUUACUUACAUGGUUUAAACGUGCGCCACAUUCAAUUGAUAAAGAUGCAUUAUUAAUAAAUGCAUUAACAAAUAUAAAACGAUGGGAUAUAGCACAAGAAUUAGAAUUAAUGAAAGAAGCUAAACGUCAAGAACAACGAACAUCAUCGAGAGAUGAUCAAUUAAGAAUUUUCAAUGUGGCAUUUACUCGUAUAUGCCAACAUGAUGAAUGUAUUCGUACAUGGAAACAAAUAGCACGAGAAUUAAUGUUAUCCAAUGAAGAUAUUCAACGAAUUGAAGAACAAUAUCUAUUAAACCAAGAGCGAUGUUUAAGAUCUUUAGAACUUUGGGCUUCAGAUGAUAGUCGAGCUGAUAUAAAAAUUUUAGCUCGUAUGAUGAGAUCACUUGGAUUUCGAGCUCUUAGUCGUGAACUUGGAAGUAUGGUAUAA